AAACGUCGACUAGGUUUAAAAAACAAAAAGAAAGAAAGCAAAGGACCGAUCCUUCGAUAUUAUCACCCGUUUGCGGAUUUAAAUUGAAGAUUUAAUUCCUAAAACGCCCUAGAAUUGACUCCCGAAUGGAAAAUUUAAGGGGUUAUUUCAGUCUAUAAAAUUUAUAUAACAACAUAGAGUUUGGUGUCCAAACGAUAUACCGUGUUCCCCUUUCUCUGCGCUUUCUUGUAAUAAGUGAGUCUCCCGCCCCUCAGCUGCACAGCCACAGAGAAACAGAAAGAGAGGCGGAGAAGUAGAAGAAGCACCGGAGAUCGUCGAAUUGGAUCCAGGUCAUAUUCGGAGCUUCAAUCUGGAAAGAAUCAAACCUUUCGGGUCCUCCUCUUUCUCUCUCGAUUGUUUCGUCUUCUUUUAAGUUUCAGGUGUUGAAAGAAAUAUGCUUCAUUGGCGAACAACUAAUGCAAAUUGCUGAUAGUUUGUAUGCGCGUAAAUGCAUAAUCUUUUGUAUGCAAUUCAAGGUUCAACAUUCUCUCAGAGAGUGAUUGAACUAAGGGAACUUGAUAUACGGGGUAAAAAUGCCAGUUGUGUUGCUUUCUAAGCUAAACCUGGUAAUUACAGGAAAGCAAGUUCGGUUGUUUAAUUUAGCUAGCUCACUGCUUAGACAACACAAAAUUUUGACUGCAAAUUCAGGGUUUGCUCAAUUUUUGCCUUAUUCUAGGAAUUCGAUAUCUGAUUAUAGGUUUAUUCCAAACCAGAUUUGUAAUAGGGCAAAAACUAUGGCUGUGUCUGGUUCCAAGGCUAUUUUUGGAGAUGUUUAUGCAGAUGAGUUAGUAGCAAGUUGUGGGAAUGGCUUGGACUUCUUGAAACCUUCUGGGGUUUAUUUUGCUGAUCGAAGUCAUAGUAGUUGCCAAAAAGCUAGCGUGAUCUUGAGAAAGCAAGAACAACCCAAUAAUCGUUUUCUGUGUGGAUACUAUAUUUGUGAUGCAAUGCUGAGAAAUACCAAAUAUAAUCCUCCUUUUGGUCCAAGGAUGAAAGGUAUUCACACCUCAUCUUUACCAUGUUCCUCUGCUGGGGCAGCUCAUGAAUUGUCAUUUGAUAGUUGUUCUAAGGAUGAACAGACUGCAGAUUUGCCUGAACAAGCUAUUCCAGGUGAGAAAACAUUGAAACUACUUUCAGCGUCAUAUUAUAUGCCACAUCCUGCUAAGGAAGAAACAGGAGGAGAGGAUGCUCACUUCAUUUGUGCCAAUGAACAAGCCAUAGGUGUAGCUGAUGGUGUUGGUGGCUGGGCAGAAGUUGGCAUUAAUGCUGGAGAAUUUGCCCGUGAACUUAUGUCUAAUUCAGUGGCAGCAAUCCAAGAUGAACCCAAGGGAUUCAUUGACCCAGCUAGAGUACUAGAAAAGGCCCAUUCAAGCACAAAAUCACAAGGAUCCUCAACAGCCUGCAUCAUUGCCCUUACAGAGGAGGGAAUACAUGCAAUAAAUCUGGGAGACAGUGGUUUCAUAGUGGUUAGGGAUGGUUGCACUGUCUUCCAUUCACCGGUGCAGCAACAUGGUUUCAAUUUUACUUAUCAAUUGGAGAGCGGUGAUAAUGGUGAUCUACCAAGUUCUGGUCAGGUUUUCAGAAUUCCUGUUCUGCCAGGUGAUGUGAUUGUGGCUGGAACAGAUGGGUUGUUUGAUAACUUGUACAAUAAUGAGGUUACUGCUGUUGUUGUUCAUGCUUUAAGAGCUGGCUUCAGUCCCGAAUUGAUGGCCAAGCAGAUAGCAGCUUUGGCUCGUGAACGAGCAGUGAAUAGGAACCGGCAGACACCAUUUGCCAAAGCUGCUCAAGAUGCUGGGUUUCGCUAUUAUGGUGGCAAGCUUGACGACAUUACUGUUGUUGUGUCUUACAUUACUAGCUCUGCUAAUGUGUGAAUCUUCUCCAAAUUGGUAAAUUUAUGGUGGCUUGUAGGGUUAGCAAGCUCAUUUAGUUCAGUUCUUGGCUUGAAACAUAAUGGAAGAAAUACUCAUCUUUGCUUUUUCUAUAUUCAUUUCUGUUUACAAAUUUUGAUC